UUAAUCACGGUGUCACGGUAUCUUGCAACUACCUGUUAGUCACUAUCUCUGUUUUAUUUCUUUUGAUUUUACCGGAAACAUUCGUUCGGUCCCUGACUCACUGGCCAUGUCUUCCUUCCCUGCUCCGGGUGACCAAGGAACAGACUUGCAUUACCUGACACGGAGGCGUCUGCUGGGAAUGUUGAUUCGGUCACCGCCUGACAGGCCUGUCACUCACUACCGGCGGGGUAUUCCCGAAAAUCACCAUGAGUCAGGCGGAGGAUGCUGCCAAGCAACACACCCUGCCACCACCCUCCUAUGAAGAGGCAGUGUUUGGAAAUACAUCAGCAGAUAUACAAAAUAGCAACCCCACAUUCACUGAGGCACCCAGUUAUGCACCAAACACCACACAGGCUGUACCUUACUCUCCACAGCAGUUCUCCACUACACAGUAUAAUGCCCAACCUUACAACACACAGAAUUAUUUACAACAGAACCACACACCAAUGAUGUAUAACAUGUGCCCUCCAGGAGCAGAGCCUCUCCUCGACCUUAGCGAAAUCCUCGUUUACCCUUCAAGAGGAAGAGUCUACAAAAUCAAGGACCAGGACAAGACAACCAUCCUGAAUGUCAAGCUUGGUUUUGCGGAUGAAUGCUGCAACUGUUGUAACUCGGAUAACUAUGCCAUCUACACCCUGAGGAGUGUAGAUGGGCAAAUGAAAUCAGCUCGUGCAAACCUGAUCAUCGAUUCUAUGAACUGCUGUUCCUACAGCCCACGGCACCUAGAAGCUCAAGCCCCACUUGAUGUACCUAUGGGCAUUGUCAGGGCAACGAGCAACUCCAAAGCCAGAGUAGAGAACCUGUCCGGGGACGUGCUGUAUGAGCUACAGCGGGAGAAGAGCUGCUGCGAGAUGACCCCAUAUCAGAUUUCCACUCCUGGUGGGCAUGUGGUGGGCCACAUUGACCCCUCCCGGGGAGUCAAGCACAGGCUAAUGCUGCCCAAGGAAAUGCCUGUCAACCACAAAAUCCUUCUCCUCUUCUUUACUGUCACUUUGCAAACUGACGCUGAUUCACAAAGAAGAAAUAACUGACAGAAAGUGGAAUGCAGCAGUUAUCAUUCUUCUGCCUUAUUCAUCAUAAAUCCUCACAAGCAGAGCAAGAAAGGUUUUUCAAGAAAACAAAAGACAACAUACAUACUCAGGGAGGCAG